CAGCAGGAAAAGCAGUAGCAGCAGGAGGUAGAGAAAAAUUCGACCAGGAUGCGAAGUCGCACGGAGCUGGUGACCACCACAUUCGUGGAGAGUGACGAGGAGGACUUCAGUCCCGACGACGACUCUGACUCCGAGGAGGACUGGCGACCCACCAAGAAGCGCCCUGCCAAGCAGGGACGUGGCGGUGGCGCCGGAGCUAGUGCAUCCUCGGCUACCGAUGGCAGGAAGCGGAAAUCGGCGGCAGCUCCUGGCUCAAAGGCCAAACGGCGGGCGGCCAAGGUGAGCGACGACGAUUCCGAGAACGAGGAUGACCUAGAAUCAGAUCCCAGUGACGAGGACUUUGACUAUCCCUCGGCCAGCACUUCGAAGCGACCGCAGAGUUUGCCUCCCAAGAAGCAGUUCGUAAAGCUGAGCCAACUGGACCUGAUGGUCAAGAAAUCAGACCUGUUGGAGAAGGACUGGAUGAAGAACAAUCGGCUGUGCUUGUGGCGCCGAGACGAACAUACGACCCUACUUCAAAAGUACUUACGUGUGAAAUCCGACGAGGACGAAAUGGUUUUCACUUCCAGUUCAGUGUAUUCCAGUUGGGAUGACCAACAGACGGAUGAUUUCAUAGAGAUCAAAGUCAACUGCUUGGAUCCCAACAACAGGCGCAUUAAAAUACACGAUCUGGAGGCUCUGAAGAAAACCUCAAUAGACUUACAAUCGGAGAAGGAGAAGACUACACCGAACGAGGACGAGGCAGAGUCCGAGGAGGUGGAAGAAACGCCGAGCGAGGCUGAUCCUUGAACUAUCAACUAACUAAUGAAACUAACAAUUUUCUUAGAAUUUAAACUAAAACUAGUUGGCCAAGUUAGCGUUAGACAACAAAUUUCCUUACUCGUAACAGCAGAAAUGUGAAAACAAGUUUAAUUUUAAUUUAGUAAAUUAAAGGAGCCAGAAGAAAACCAAAACAAAAAAAAAAGAGAAUCAAAAGAAGAAACAACAUUU